AAUGAACAAAAAGAACGAGAUUGGAGGCACCAUACAGGAGUAUGAUGUAGGAGAGCAGUUAGGAAGAGGUGGCUUUGCCACAGUGUACAGAGCACGAUGUAGAAACACAGGAAGGGAUGUCGCCAUUAAGAAGAUCAACAAGAGUGAAAUAGCUGCUGGAGGACUCAUAAAUCGCGUCCGACAGGAGGUGACGAUCCAUUCUAAGCUGAAUCAUCCAGCAAUACUGAAGCUGUAUGCAUUCUUUGAGGACCAGAGCUUUGUUUAUCUUGUGCUAGAACUGUGCUCAAGAGGCGAACUUCAGAAGCAUAUCAAAAGUCUACGAAGAGUUUUAAAUGAAGAUGAAGCUCGUGAAUAUCUCAGUCAGGUGGUGGCAGGGAUGCUGUACCUCCAUUCCCAGUCUAUCAUGCACAGAGAUCUUACAUUGUCAAAUCUUUUACUUGACAAUAAUGGUAGGGUUAAAAUUGCGGAUUUUGGACUUGCAACACAGUUGCGCCGCCCAGAUGACCGGCACAUGACAAUGUGUGGAACGCCCAACUACAUAAGUCCUGAAGUAGCCACCCGCAGUUUCCCAUGGCCUUGA